CCAAACCUCUCACUCACAGCCACAUCCACAGCUUAGCUUUUCAUUCAAGCUGAAGCACACGCUCAAUCUCGGGCAUUAUACAACGCAAGCAUGAAGCCAUGAAUUAUUCGCAAUUAUCAAUUCGGCAGGUUAUAUGUGCUAAAGUUGAUUUUCCAAUAUUGAAUUUUUCCGUUCGACUAUUCAAGGCAUCUGGUCACAGUGUUCCUACCCAUAAGUCAAAAGCGAUAGCUUCUCAGCAACGCUUACGUGGAGACCAAAAUGACCAAUCUUUGGUUCAAUCAAAUCCUGCUGAGAAGAAGCUUGUUCGGAAGCCGGGUAGAAAGGAGCACCACUUAUGGCAAAGGAGAGACCAAACUGGUUCAGGACAAAAAGCACUGAAUCUUAUUCAAAUUAUUUGUGGGCUUCCAAAUGAGAAAGAGGCUGUUUAUAGCGCCCUUGAUGAGUGGAUAGCCUGGGAGACUGAAUUUCCAUUAAUUGCUGCGGCAAAGGCUUUGGUGAUCUUAAGGAAGAGGAGUCAGUGGAAAAGAAUUAUUCAGGUGGCCAAGUGGAUGUUGAGUAAAGGUCAAGGUGCAACAAUGGCGACCUAUGACCACCUUCUACUGGCAUUUGACAUGGAUAGAAGGCCAGACGAAGCAAAAACGUUAUGGAACAUGAUUUUACAUGCCCACAAUCGAUCUAUUUCCAAAAGGCUAUUUUCCAGGAUGAUAUCCUUAUACGACCAUCAUAAUAUGCCAAAUGAUGUUAUAGAGGUAUUUACUGACAUGGAGGAGUUGGAAGUGAAACCAGAUGAGGAUACUGUUAGAAGAAUUGCACGGGCCUUUGAGGUGUUAGGUCAAGAGGAUAAUCAUAAACAGUUCUUGAUGAAAUACCAAAGAAAAUGGAAAUACAUUCACUUCAAGGGUGAAAGAGUUCGGGUAAGAACUUGAUUCAUAGCAUGAUCCAACUUGACAAAGCAUGGAUUCAUGGUGUAAAAAAGUGGAUAGAAUUUUGGAGGUAAAUGCAUUGUACGAAUUUAUUUAGAUUCUUCAUAUACUAUACAUACGUUGAUAGUAUUCUGUUUUUUUUUUGUUGAAAUCCCAUCAAAUAUCAUGAAUUUACUUGUGGCUGGUACA